AUGUCGGGCCAUUCAGCUACUACCUGGCUCGACACGGUGCUAUCGGAUCGGGACAACCAUCCGGGUUCUGUGGCGGCAGAUUCGAGCCCACACUCCAAGCGCCGUCGACUUCAACCAUCGACACCCGAAUCACCCACGGCCAGGACUGACGAUGGCACUCCCUCCGGAAUAGAAAGACCCACUCACCACCUCCCCGACACUCAUGAAGAGCCCCAGACUGGAUCUCACAGCAACGACCGCGAGCAGACAGCACCAGUAGAGUCAAGCUCUCCUUCCCCUCCCCUACCGAGAGAGGAUGACGAAUCGGACUUAUCAGACGACUCCUGGCUAGGCAGCGCGGAUGAUCAGUGGUUUAGGGUAAAGAAGCGCGAAUUCGACAAGCUCGAUCCAAUACCACCAUCCCUAAAAAGCCUGCUCAAGGGAAUCCGACAAUUCAGCAACGGGAUAGGCAUUUUACCGACUUCGGCUCGACGCCGCUUCAACAAGCUCAAGGACGAAGGGAUGGAGUGGGCCAGACAAGGGUCCAAGAGUAACAAAUACUACUCUAAAGAACGACAGGCUCUUGGGGAGAUUGUCGCCCCAGAUGAAGUACGGAAGAUCGUUUCCAAAAAUAUCCAAUAUACCCACAUCGAGGAUUCUCACGGCUGGAGGGCCAACAUGGACAUGGGAGUCAACAGCCGAGUCCUUGCCUUAGCCUUUGAACGACUAGAUGGCUACCUCACUAUGUUGAAUUCUCUUCAGAUGUGA